AUGUCUUUUCAAAAAUCUUGGCGAUUAAAACGUUCGGUUAAGUAUUUCCGCUCUCCGUUAGCUGUUGACGAUAGCAAAGUUUCUAAAUCCAUCCUCAAACAGUUAAAUUUUAAACCGGUUACUAAGAUAUCAUUUCGUUUCAAUCCAUUACUACCGAAAACGGAGUCCAUUAGACGACUUUGUCAUAUACUCAGUGAACCGAAGUGGCUAACCUCCAAUAGUAAUUUGUUGAUUAGGACCAAUGUACUGUCAGAGAAUCGCCCUCCUGAAAUCGAGAUUUCAUAUGAUGGUGGUCAAGCCCUUAUUCUGAAGACAGAAAAUUUAAGUCUCCGAGAGACAAUAGAAAUCAUUAUUGCACAUACAGACACCAUUAUGAGCCAGUAG